CGCCGCUGCUGCUGCCGGCCCGCGGCACCCCCACGCAGGCGGCCCGGGGCGCUCAUUCCGCCGGAGGACCGCCGCGCGGUGCCCGCGCUGACCGCUGCUGCAGAAUGUUGCGCUCCACUUCCACCGUCACCCUGCUCUCGGGCAGCGGCGCCAGGACGCCCGGGGCGCCCAGCAGGAGGGCAAAUGUCUGCAGACUACGGCUGACCGUCCCUCCUGAGAGUCUGGUUUCUGAGCAAAAUGAAAAGAAGGUUGAAAGAAAAGAGCAAACCCUCUUCUCCCCACUUUCCACCAAGGACAAAGAGCUAUUUGUGCUCAUGCAAAUGAUGAAUGACCAGGAAAGGAGGUUGCAUCAUCAGAGGAUGCAAAAACUAAUUGGUGAUGAUUAUGUGGCUAUUGUGGAACAGUAUAUUGUUGUGGUCUCAAAGUCUACCAAUCAGCUAAAAGAAGAGAUGAACUACAUCAAAGAUGUGAGAGCCACUUUGGAAGAAGUAAGGAAGCGAAUGUAUGGAGACUAUAAUGAAAUGAGACAGAAGAUUCAACAGAUCACACAGGAACUGUCAGUUUCACAGGCUCAGCAGAACUAUCUAGAGAAUCACAUCCAAACACAGUCGUCAGCCCUGGACAGUUUUAAUGCCAUGAACUCAGCUUUGGCGUCAGACUCCAUUGACCUACAGAAAACACUCGUGGAUGUUACUUUGGAAAAUAGCGAUAUUAAGGAUCAAAUCAGAAAUUUGCAGCAGACGUAUGAAGCAUCUAUGAACAAGCUGCGGGAAAAGCAGAGGCAGUUAGAGGUAGCAGAAGUUGAAAACCAGCUGCUGAAAAUGAAGGUGAAGUAUGGGAGCUACGCGUAUUCCACUGCUGGGCUUCUAAUGAUCAGAAGAGUUAAUGCUCCUCCAAAAUUUGAAACAUGGUAUCAGCAGCUGGAAGAGGCAUCCGCCAGCCUCCGGGAACGGAUCAGACACCUAGAUGACAUGGUGCAUUGCCAGCAGAAGAAGGUCAAGCAGAUGGUUGAGGAGAUUGAAUCAUUAAAGAAAAAGGUGCAACAGAAACAGCUCUUAAUACUGCAACUUUUAGAAAAGAUAUCUUUCUUAGAAGGAGAGAAUAAUGAACUACAAAGCAGGUUGGACUAUUUAACAGAAACCCAGCCCACGACUGAAGUGGAAACCAGAGAGAUUGGAGUGGGCUGUGAUCUGCUACCCAGCCACACAGAUCGGACCCGUGAAAUCGCAAUGCCUUCCAGGGGCUAUGCCCCAUACGCACGAGUCCUGGAGUUAACCAUGAAGAAAAGUCUGACUUAGGCACUCAGAGACAUGCACUUUUUACAGAUGGACAAAGGCCCUGGAUGUCUGCCGCUUGAAGUCUGGACAGGGUGACUGUUGCUUCUUCUUAAACACAGUUUAAACCAGAAUGGAAAUGACCAAGGUUCUCAUCCAUUUCUUAAAACAUGAAGGAAAGUGGAGGUGGAGGGGGAGGGCAGGAGGGAGGUUUACAAGGUCAUUUUUCAAACACACAACCAGCCUACCAGGCUGUUUGUACUGGGCAUCAUUUAGUUUUCCAUGCGGACACUGAAGUCCUGUGAGAAGAAUUUCCUCACGAUUUAUUUUCUUUUUUACUAGACUUCAGUUCGGAUGGAAAAGGACAUUCAUUUGAAAUUACAUGUUAUUCACGCCAGGAUCGUUUGUUACUGUAUGAAAGCUUUGUUUACCCAUGAAAGUAUUAGAGGCAGUGCUUCUCUGGUAACAGAGAAACCUGUCCACAGGACCACGGGCACCUGGGGGAACUUGACCGUGGGAGGGAAGGAUUCCCAGCACGCAGGUGUUAUCUCCUCUCCAUGCCAAGGAUGUGUGCAGGAUUGUGGGAACUGCGACUGGAGAUGGCCCUCGUGUGGGCACACACGCUUCCAUCUGAUGUGCUAAUCCCUUUGUUUAAUUUGUGCCUUAUGCCUCUAUGGAGCCAGCUGAAAUCACUGUAUUUAUUCAACCUGUGAUUUUUUUUUCCCUUUCUCACUUUAACUGAAAGACAAUUUUUUUAUGUUGCGGAAAUUUAAUCAUUUCAUAUUUUCAGUAUUGAUUGGUGUUUUUGUUAAAUGAAUGAGUGAUUUGUUCAUGCAUGCUCUACUUUGAUAUUACAAUCUAUGUCACAUGUUUAAUAAAUGCCAUAUAUUUUGUUCUA